AUGUAUCCAGGAGGGUCCACCCUGCCAUCUGGAUUGGGGAGCUACAUCCUCCCGGAGACCCAUUACCUGUCCAGUGGCCCAGUUGGGGGGGACCCCAUGGCUGGGAAAAUCUCAGAGCGUCUGGCCAGCCCUGUGACUGGACACCUGGCUUGUCCACCACCUCCAGCAUCUCAACAGCAGGGCUACCCAGACAGGGACCCCUACGGACUGGACAUCAUGGGCACCGGUGUAGACCACACAACAUCCUCAGCCUAUCGGAGGAACAUGAACCACGCCAAGCCACCCUACUCCUACAUCUCCCUCAUCUGCAUGGCCAUCGAGCAGGCUCCGUCCAAGAAGCUCACCCUCAACGACAUCUACCAGUGGAUCCGCCAGCUCUUCCCGUACUACCGGCAGAACCAGCAGCGCUGGCAGAACUCCAUACGCCACUCGCUCUCCUUCAACGACUGCUUCAUCCGGGUGGCCCGCUCGCAGGACUCUCCAGGGAAGGGCUCCUACUGGACCCUCCACCCGGACUCUGGGAACAUGUUCGAGAAUGGCUGCUACAUGCGCCGGCAAAAGAGGUUCCGGUGUGCGAGACAGCAGAGCCCAUCAUCCUCAUCCUCAUCAUCGCCUUCUUCCUCCUCCUCCUCCUCUUCCUCCUCCAAAUCCAAACACGCAGAAGCGGAGCGGGCAGGCAAGACAGGGAAGAGAGGAGGAGAGGAGAAGAGGCCGCAUCGCAGGGCAGCGGAGGUGAAGAGGCCAGCCUCCAUCUCUGACGCCUCUUCCUCCAUGUCCUCCAUCUCAUCCUCCUCUUCUCCCUCAUCCACCACCACAUUCACCGCCUUGACCCCACCUAUGCCCACCUCCACUACCUGUGCCCUCCGCCCCAAGUCCCCAUCGCCUCCACCCCCCAUCCAGCGCCUGUCCUUCCCUCCACAGCCUCACGACGCCCCAGUCACCCACCACCUCUCACCUCCAUCCUCCACCAUCACCCCCACUCUACACCCUCUCUCAACCCCCACCACCACCACCAUUCACCAGACCCAUCACCACCAGUCCUCCACCCUACCUCCUCCUCCUCCUCCCCCAUCGUCCUACCCCAUGGACCCGUCGUGCAUGCGGAGCAGCAGUGAGCAGCCCCUCAGCCACUACCCUUUCUCCAUCUCUCAGCUCAUGGACUUCCAGCCAUAUGACUCUCACUCCAUGGGAUACCAGGGUUACUAUUCCACGGCCAACACUAACUCUCAUCACCACCACCACCACUACAACAGCUACCUGAUGAGCGGCAGGGAGGAGACGGCGCCGUACAUGGGGGACUCGGUGUACUACUCCUCUGGGCUCGGGAUGUGCUCAGUACCCUUGUUGAGCUCCUCGUAA